AUGGAAAGAAUGUGGAAUCUCUAUGCCUUUCAAGAUGGGAUUUCCAUAGAGAAUCGCUUAGGAGAAGUUUUUGAAGAAAAUGGCAAUCGCUCGUUGAAUGAACUUGAAGAGUUCCGAGAUCGCCACGGGAACGAGAUGCAGGGAUUUUCUGAGAAGGGACAGAUAUUGGAAAGAAAAGAUUUGGCAUGGGGAUCUUUUGGAGGAAAGACUUUCCCUUCACAACGGGUACACAAACAGCCGGUGUUGAUGAUUCAUGGAGUGGCAACAGUUGCUGGACGAUUCCUGAUGUUAAGGAAGUAUCUUUACAACAAAGGGUACACGGAUGCGGAGCUCUACGCAACAACCUGGGGUAAAGGACCAAAAGGAGGAUUGAUUUUUGUAAAGAUGGAGUGCUCUUUUGUACGACAGAUUCGUACAAUGAUUGAAGCGAUUAAAAUGUACACAAAUGCUUCAAAAAUCGAUAUUGUGGCUUUUUCGAUGGGAGUUCCGUUGACAAGGAAAGCUAUUCUGGGAGGGGAUUGCAAUGGAUUUGAUUUGGGGAAACCGUUGACAAAUUGGGUAGACACUUUUGUCUCGGUUGCUGGCGCGAAUUUCGGCUCAUCAAUGUGCGUUUAUCUUCCAUGGGCAAUCUGUAAUCUUAACAAUGGACUCAAUUGUCAUUCUCAUACAUUGCGGGAGUUGAACAACCGACGAAAUCGUUAUGAGGGCGCGCAUUCCUUUGCAAUUAUCACAAACAAUGAUGCGAAGGUUGGUGAUUGGUGUUGUGGGAACAAAUGUGCCUCUCUCCCUCACUCUCUUCAAGAAUUCAAUUACGAUGGACCGACUCAUGAUGAAGUGCUUUACAAAUCGAUUGAACUUCAAUACGAGUUGAUCUCAAGACAUCGAGGAAAUCUUUCGUACACCAAUGUCGACAAAAUUCCGAAUCCUUCUCCACCAUUGUCGCCGAAAGAAUCUUUUCCCUCUUCAAUGAGCACCUUUGAGCCUUCAUUUUCCUUGCUCGAGUUCUACUUCAACAUCCAUACUUCAUCAAGUGAAACUGAAAAAGAAACAGACUUUGCGAAGUUUUUCUCUGGAUUGGCCGCUGAAUGCAUCGCAAUGGGUGGAUUGUGGCACGCAGAGAAGGAGUACGAUUAUGAACCUCCAGAAAACGAGCACGUGAAGACGUUUGAUGAA